CGCCACCUUUUUUUUUGCCGACGACGAACUCAUCGCUAGGCAGCGGAGGGAGCUUCUUGUCUCGCGUCGAUGAGGCCAUGGAUUUUCCCACCUUUGCUCGAGAACUUCGUCAGGAGGAUGGCGAAUCAAGGAACGAGAGAACGUCAGCGGCCCAUCUUCCGGGGCUUGCAGCCUAGGAACGGGUUUGACGCCGUUGUCUGCCCUGCUCUCUAGCACGAGGCAUGCAGGAGAAACCAACUUGUUGUCAUCGCCAUUCUGCCUAGGAAAAUGGGAGAAAUCGCAUCGCCUGCCGUGCCGGAGUCUGAUUUUUGCGGCCCUCUAGCCACUCCUCGCCCUCUCCAGGUUCCCUUUGACAUCAUAGGGCAAUUAUUCACGGAAGUUGCAACAGUGGAUGGGCCGUAACAAUUGAUGAGCCUCCUUGAAAUACCGGCGCGCGCCAUCGAGACACUGUUCUUCCUGGCGGCGCACUCAAAAUGGAUCGGGAAAAUCCUUUACCAUGUGAGAGUUGCCUUCCCCCCCAGCCAUCUCUAUUGAGUUGAAGCGUGAUGUUGUCGACCAGCAAGAUCAGCCAAGAAGAGGGAAGCAUGAAACACCAUACAUCAACGAAGGUAUUCUCAGCCCUAUGCCUAGGGUACGUUGCCACAGAACAGGCGCCGAGAUGGGCAGAUUCUCCCCAGAGGGCCUGCGCCGUAGUUUACACACCACGAGCAAUCAAUCAAGGGCAUACUCUUUUCAAAACGAUACAGCCCCAGGCAAUGUACCUAUACUUCUACUCAUACACACGCACUUACGGGAUCUUACAAGCAAGUGCCCGUAAGGCACAGGCCGAUGCAUUCGCAAACCCGAACCCCAUCUGUCGUUGCGCUAAGUCUUAAUCAGAAACACGGGCCGCAGAAUCUGGGGGUUCUUCCCUCCAAGUCCUUGACAAUGGCAGCAAGAUUUGGAACUUGCAUUGCCUAUCUGCAAGGGGUACAGUAGAAACCUGCUGUUUGGAUAUGUACGUGUCUUUGAUCAGCUGCUGUCCCGGAGAAGUGCAUAAAAUAAAAGAU